UCCCUUAUUCUCAUCGACCCUUCCGACUUUCGUCCCUCUCUUCUUCCAUUUCCCUUCUUCCCACCAUCCCGUCCGAACUGCACUCGCUUGCUGGGUUUGACUGCUUCCUGCUUCUCCCGCAGUCCCCAAGGGUCACUCUGUGCAGAUUCAUCCGUUCUUUCCACCCGACACUCUCAUGACAAUUCACUGAGACCUUUUUUCCCGCGAAUCGUCAACACCUUGUGAGCUGGUAGUGAGAUCGAUCUUUUGUCGCUGUUCUCACCCUCACCCACCUUCUCACUUUACUCUCUUUCCGGGCCCAGCGCCGCUUUACAUUCGUUCCAAAACCACACACCACACACGGCGUUCGACACGAUAUUCGACUUUCUCACUCACACUCCAGUACCGCCGAGACAGUCCUCCCUCAUCGAAUCGACAACUCGGAAUUCCCGACCAACACGACUCCCUGGCUGGACUCAUGCGCAGCCUGUUCAUUCUUUUGACGCCUACCUCACGAACCUAACUUUCCCCCUCUGGAGCCGGAUCCCUUGAGCAUUCCCAUCACCAACCACACUCUCUUGCACGCGCGAGGCCCUCCCUCCAUUUUCAGAUACCCCCACGCCUCAAUCCACGCACGACAUUAACGACACCACAUUACUUCACGCCUCACUUUCAUCACAGAUCACGACGACUACUGGCUGCACAAGUCUCGUUCACGCCCAUUAUCCAUUGGAUCAGGCCAGACUACCAUCCUCAGACAUGGCUCAUCACAACCAUGGCCACAGGCACUUGCCUCGUAACCCCGACUUCUGGGACGACGUUGGAAACACCUUCAAGGGCCUGAAUCCCUUCGCGUCCGACGACGACAGCGACAGCGGAAGCAAUCGAGGUAAACUCAAGAUCCGACAAGACGACGACAAUGAUAGACCCACGCCCACGCCGCCCGCUAAUACGAGAAAAGGUCGGUCGACUGUUAUCAAAACUAUUUACCAGACCGUCACCGACGGCGACAUCCGCCCUGCCGCCAGCUCUUCAACGAGACUGCUCGUCGCCGAAUCCCCCCUCCCCACCCGGACGAGGUCAACGUCGUCUGAUUCGUCCGAGACUACCAUCGCGAGGGCGGGCGCUCCUGUCAUCAUGACUCCCGAAACCUCGUCCGCCACGGCUGAUGACUCACUGUCUUCGUCGCUGCCUUCAGUCAUCGAGGAACCCCUUUCCGAGAGCAUUCCCACCACUCUCGCCAUCGCAACCGACACUCCAACUUUCGUCAGGACCACCAAGCCCACCGUGUCUGGUGAUGGUGCCGGUGCCCGUGUCGGUGCCAGCGUCAUCUCCUCCGCCUCGCCGAGCUCCACCUCGACCGCCGAUGAGUCAGCCAGUGCUGAGCCCAGUGGUGCCACGAAAGCUGGCAUUGCCAUUGGUGUCUUGGCUGGUGUCCUCGUUGUCUUCCUGCUCGUCUUCUUCCUCUUCAACCGUCGCAAGAAGCAGUUGGAGCAGCAGCGCCUGGCAGAUGAGGACGAGAAGAGCGGCGGCUUCGGAACUGCCGCCGCCGCCGCCACUAGCCAGAACCCCCGCGCCCCUCGUAUCAGUCUCCGUCCCGUCACUCAGUUCCUGCCUAAUCUGAACAUUGACAAGCGCGCCAGCAGAGGUCCAGCUGCCACCAUGAACGCCAACCUGGCUCCUGCUGCUGCCGCUCUUGGUAUCCGCAACCCUUCCCAGAGUGGCUGGGACAGGCCAACGACGAGCCAGAGUGCGAACCCCGCCAAUCCGUUCGGCGCCCAGGCCGAGAGAAUCAACGGUCCAAUUGCCGAGGAGUCUGUCAGUUCCCUGAGUCUCAAUGAGAAACCCCUGCCCAGCGUUCACGUUCACGAAACUGCCCCUGCCCCCGCUGCGAAUGAACCUUCUGGUGCAGUCAAUGGUGCGGCUGUUGCUGCUGGCGCCGCCGUUGCUGCCGGCGCUGGUGCCGUCGCCGCUGGAGGCUUGACCCGCAAGGCGUCGACCCGCAAGGACGGCCCAAAGGCUCUCGAUCUCACUCUGCCUGCCCCUCCCGCGCCCUUGUCCACGGUACCCGCCUCUCCUUCUGGAACCACCUUCAGCGCAGACUCUGCAGGGCCUGGUCACCAGUCUUCGAGUUCCACCGGCUCUGCCGCCAUCGCCGCUGCUGGUGGCCCCGCUAACACGACCGUUCACCGUGUACAGCUUGAUUUCAGGCCCAGUCUCGAAGACGAGAUGGAAUUGAGAGCUGGUCAGCUUGUACGCCUGCUCCACGAGUAUGACGACGGUUGGGCGCUUUGCAUCCGCUUGGAUAGAUCCCAGCAGGGUGUCGUGCCUCGCACCUGCUUGUCCACUCGCCCCGUCAAGCCCAGACCUCCCCAGGCUCAAGGUCCUCCUCGUGGUCCCCCGAUGGGCCCCGGUGCUUCGCGCGGUCCCGGUCCCAACUUUCCUCCUGGUCAGCGCCCUAUGACGCCUCAGGGUGGUCCCCAUGGCGGCCCGCCAUAUCCUCGCUCUGAGUCGCCCGCCCGCCCCAUGGGACCUGGCGGUCACACUCAGUCUCCGGGUCCCCGCUACCAAGGACCUCCAGGACAACGACCACAAAGUCCCAGCGGAAUGGGAGGUCGGAAGCCGAGCCCUCCGGGACCUAGCAGAAUCCCUCAGCCUAGCCGAAUGAACCCCAGCGGCCCUCCGAAUGGCCCCCAAAACGGACCUCAGGCCCCCCCGGCUCAGGGUCGUCCAGGCCCGCCCAUGGGACCCGUCGGCCGUAAGCCCGUUCCCGGGCAGGCCGUGUAAAUUUGUACCGAGACAGCGGUCAUGUACACUGAUUCCCUGCCGUAUAUAACGUCUUUUAGCAAGAAGACUGGGGUAUCAUCUUUCGUUUGGCGAUAGACAAGGGUCGGCUUUGCAUUCUGGACAGCACAGGCUGGGCGUUUUUUGAACCACCAAAAGGAAAUCCGGGGGGUUCCCCCUCUGCACUCUGACGACCAAGGGGCGAAACCGGCGAUGCGAUUUAUACCAUUCGAGUCACUCAUUCACGACAUGUCUUUUGAUACACCCAUUUUGCAGCCUGGUAUCAGUCAAGGCCUGCAAAUUUUCUUUUCUUUUACGCUUCUUCACGCUCGCGCAAAACCCUGUUUCGCGAUUUCGAUUCGACUACCUGGCCCGACUCAACCGAUCCAAACCUGUGUCUGCAGUUACGAUGACUGAGCAUUGGGACGGGAAAAACGCCUAGUGCUUAAUGUAUAUUGCCCGCUCUUGCUGUUUGCUUUUCACACUUUCCCGUUUCAGGUUCUUUUUCUUGCAGCUCCAGUGGCCGAGUUUGGUCCGUCUCGCCACAUGCUGGAGCGACCAAAGUAGAGUGGGACGAUGAUGUUCCCUUUGGAUGCCUUGCAAAGGCGAUGAUGGAGGGGGCAGGAUGAUGCGAGAUGGAACGAUGACUUGAUGUGUCUGUAUGAGGCAAAUCGAGAAACAGAACGUAGUGCCUUCCCUGAGAGGGAUAGUCAAGAGCUGAUUUCUCAUGUCGAGCAAGCUAGGUAGACAAUGAGAUGCCCUUAACUUUA